AUGGAUCCUCGGCAAGCUUGGAAGGAAUACUUGAGGGAGUUGUGUUUCUCGUCCAACGACUCAUCCGAUGAAGAAGAUGAAUUGUUCAUGGAGGGUAUGAGAGCUUGGCAAGCCGACCUGGAGGAAUCAGAGAGGCGACCAUGGGGUGGCUCAGUGCCAGGUCGGAAGCGCAUCAACUGGUACCGGCUCAAGGGCCAUAUGAAGUUGUUCAACGACUACUUUGCCGAUCCCCCCGUGUACCCUAACUACAUAUUCCGACGCAGGUUCCGGAUGAAACGCAACCUGUUUCUGAAGAUAGUUGCAGCUGUUGAAGAGAAGGACCCCUGGUUCCAGCAGAGGAGAAACGCAGCUGGAGAGCUCGGGCUAUCGGCAUUGCAAAAAGUGACUGUGGCAUUUCGUAUGCUAGCAUAUGAUGCGCCGGCUGAUUCUCUCGAUGAGUGCCUUCGGCUUGGUGAGAGCACUAUCAUUGAGAGCAUGCGUCGUUUCAUCAAUGCUGUUGUGCAGGCAUUCAGCGAUGAGUACCUUCGUUCUCCUAAUGAGGAGGACACUGUGCGUUUGCUAGUCAUCAACUCGCGCAGAGGCUCCCCCGGGAUGUUAGGAAGCAUUGAUUGUAUGCAUUGGAGGUGGAAGAACUGCCCCACGGUGUGGGCCGGGUCUUAUACGGGGCAUGUUAACGCUCCGACUAUCAUUCUGGAGGCGGUAGCGUCGCACGACCUGUGGAUCUAG